AUGGGCAACGCCGGCAGCGCCCACGCGCAGCUGCAGGCGGUGGCGGCGGUCAGCGGCGCGACGCUGCUGCCGAUGGACGCGCCCGAGUGGCAGAUUCUGCUAGGCGUAUCCCAGCCGCUGAGCCGGUUCGACCCGGGGGAGGUGGAGCGCGAGAUCCGGCCGCACUGCGCCGAGCUGGUGUACAACAAUGCGCACACGCUCAACCUGCAGCGCUUCAUUUAUCUGGUGGUGCAGCAGCUGAGGAGGACGCGGCAUCACCCCGGGGGCGGCAGUACAGCCACCGCCAACGCUGUGUACUGCCUGCGCACCAUCGUCAAAGACCUCAUGGAGCAGCUCAACAGUGAGCAGCUGCUGGCCUUUGUGGAGGUGCCGCCAGAUGUGGCGGCCGCAGCAGUGGAGCAGCAGGCUGCCGCGGCGCAGGGCGAGCAGCCCUCGCCGGCGCCCUCGCCGCAGCCGUCGCCGCAGGACGGCGCGCCAGGGGGCGGCACCGGCAGAGGCAGCGGCGGCGGGGAGCCGGAGUUCAGCCGGCUGCACAACGGGUCGCUGGUGCAGACGCUAGUCAGGGAGGCGAUGCUGACGCUGGCAGACGACAAGCUGCUCCCCUCCACCAGCUACAUGCUGCUGCUGGAGUGCAGCCAGCUGCUGCUGGCGCUGUGCAGCUCCGCGCUCUACUCCGCCUCGCCGCGCGGCCAGCUGGGGCAGCACCCCUUCCUGGAUGCCGCCAUGCAGCAGAAGGAUCUGGCCAAUACAACGGUGGAGGCGCUGCUGCGGCUCUUCAUCGCAGCCCCGCCGGUGCCGCUCAGCCUCAAGAUCUUCACAUACAUGCCCACAGACACUCGCUCCAUGCUGAAGAUCGUGCGCAGCGCGGCAGCCUCCAUGCUCUGGCUUCCCUACCAGGCUUACACGCUGCUGCUGCGGCCAUCACGGCCCGGCGGCGGCGGCGAGGGCACCGGCGGCGCGGCGGCGGCUCCCUCCAACAGCCCGCUGGGCGACAGCGCGCUGCUGCUGCUGCUGGUGCUGCUGUUCCAUGCGCCGCCGCAGGACGCUCCGUUUGGCAAUCCGUACCGCUCCUCGCUGCAGCGGCUGCAGGAUACUGAUGACCUGGCGCUGUUUGAUGCGCUGGGCGCCGCGCUGACCAGCGAGCGAGCGGUGCUGCUGCUGUAUGUGCUGCUGCACACCUGCCCUCGCUUCCACGAGUACUGCCUGGUGCGCUCCGACCUGGACACCCUCCUGCUGCCGCUGCUGGAGCUGCUCUACUCGGCGCACGAGCGCACAGCAAACCAGAUGUACAUGCUGCUCAUCAUCCUGCUCAUGCUCAGCCAGGACACCGCCUUUGCACAGAACGUGCACAAGAUCGGGCUGCCGUCUGUGCCAUUCUACCGCGAGCGCAGCAGCACCCGCACCACGCUGGGAAGCCUGCUGGUGGUGCUGCUGCUGAGGACUGCCCACUACAACCUAGCCAAGCUGCGGGACGUGUACCUGCACACCAACACGCUGGCUGCCCUGGCAAACCUGGCGCCGCACAUGUCGGGGCUGAGCACCCACGCGGCGCAGCGCCUGGUGUCGCUCUUCCACCUGCUGGCCCGCCGCUACAGCCGGCUGCAGGCGGCGGCGGAGGGCAUGCCGCCGCCGCCCACGCCCAACGACCUCCUCUCGCCUUCCCUGGAGUCCCCGCUGACGCCCUGGACGCCCGCAGCCUCGCCGGCGCCGGGGCCAGACGCGCCAGCCGCCGCGCCGCAGCAGCAGCAGGGGCAGCAGGGCGCCGCCGGGGCGGAGGCUGCGGGGCAGGGUGCGGGCGUGACGGGUGCGGCUGGCGGGUCUGGCGAGGCGCCAGCUGGCGCCAGCGAGGCGGCUGAGCUGGAGCUGCAGCUGUACGCCGACUUCCUGCGCAUCGUGCUGGAGAUCAUCAACAGCAUCCUCACCUCCGCGCUGCCCCAGAACCCGGAGCUGGUCUACACGCUGCUGCACCGGCAGGAGGUGUUUGCGCCCUUUGGCGCCCACCCGCGGUACGCGGAGCUGAUGGAAAACAUCCGGCGCGUCACCGACUACUUCAACCGCAAGGUGGAGGAAAGCGUGGCGGCCAGCGCGGAGCAGCAGCUGAGCGUGGAGCGCCUGCUGGACCUCAUCAAGCUGCACAGCCGGGGCUGGCGCAAGGACAAGCUGAAGCCCUUCCCUGACCUGCGCUUCACGUAUGAGGAAGAGGCGAGCCCCGAGGAGUUCUUUGUGCCCUACGUGUGGAGCCUUGUGGUGGCCAUGGGCGGCAUCCCAUUCACCCUCACCGCCAUCACCCUGUUCACCCCCACCGUGGUGCCGGCACCAGAGGCGGAGGACCCCUCGCCAGCCCCCAGCCCCCAUAUGAGGAGCGAGGCGGACGGCCCGCACCUGCCCAGCACGGGCCGCGGCGGCGGCGGUGAGCCGCCCAGCGCGGCUGGCGCUGUGUAG